CGCUUCGGUUGUUGCUUUGCGUCGCUUCCCGCGGGGAACUGUUUGAAGGGUAGGGGAAACUUUGAAAGUUGGAAGCUGCAGACCCGGUUCUUUUUCUUACUGCAUCUGAAGGUAUGGGUAGCAAGAAACUGAGACGAGUGGGUUUAUCACAAGAGCUGUGUGAUCGUCUGAACAGACAUCAGAUUGUUACCUGUCAGGACUUUCUAUGUCUUUCUCCAAUGGAGCUUAUGAAGAUGACUGGCCUUAGUUAUCAAGGUGUCCAGGAACUUUUGUGUGUGGUGAGCAGGGCCUGUGCCCCACGGAUGCAAACGGCUUAUGAGAUGAAGACACAGAGGUCUGCUGCUCCCUCGCCGGCAUUCUUAUCUACAACCCUUUCUGCUUUGGAUGCAGCCCUGCAUGGUGGUGUGGCUUGUGGCUCCCUCACGGAGAUUACAGGCCCACCAGGUUGUGGAAAAACUCAGUUCUGUAUAAUGAUGAGCAUUUUGGCAACAUUACCUACCAACAUGGGAGGAUUAGAAGGAGCUGUUGUGUACAUUGACACAGAGUCAGCAUUCAGUGCUGAAAGACUGGUUGAAAUAGCAGAAUCUCGUUUUCCCAGAUACUUUAAUAAUGAAGAAAAAUUACUUUUGACAAGCAGUAAAGUUCAUCUUUAUCGGGAACUCACUUGUGAUGAAGUUCUACAAAGGAUUCAAUCCUUGGAAGAAGAAAUUAUUUCAAAAGGAGUUAAACUUGUGAUUAUUGAUUCUGUUGCUUCUGUGGUAAGAAAAGAGUUUGAUACACAACUUCAGGGCAACUUGAGAGAAAGGAACAAGUUUUUGGCAAGAGAAGCAGCCUCUUUGAAGUAUUUGGCUGAGGAAUUUUCAAUCCCAGUUAUCUUGACGAAUCAAAUUACAACCCAUCUGAGCGGAGCCCUAGCUUCUCAGGCAGACCUGGUGUCUCCAGCUGAUGAUUUGUCCCCUUCUAAAGGCACUUCUGGGUCCAGUUGUGUGACAGCUGCACUAGGAAACACCUGGAGUCACUGUGUGAACACCCGGCUGAUUCUCCAGGACCUUGGUUCAGAGCGAAGACAGAUCCUCAUCGCCAAGUCCCCUGUGGCUCCCUUCACCACAUUUGUCUACACCAUCGAGAAGGAAGGCCUGGUUCUUCAAGGUCACCCCAGGGCAACUGAUUAGUGUGUCCUCCCAGAUCCGGAUUCUGAAAGCUAGCGCUGGCCUCAGCCUCAGGCCUGUCCCUCCAGCAAGACACGCGGAGCCUCAUGUCCAUCAGGACCUGUGGGUCUGGGAAGGUUUCGCUGCCUGAUGGAGGGAGAGCUGGGACCGCAGUCAGCCCACAUCUCGUCAAACUGCCCGGCCAGCUGGCAUGCCCCAGGCUCAGGUGGGGCCAAGGUGACAGCUGUUAAAAAAUGGAACGAGUUCUCCACGGGUAGGUGACAAGCUUGAAACCAGUCUGGCCACUCCUCACAUCGACACCUGUAAUUCCACCUGGCUGCCGGCAUGCGGGUGUUCCCAGCCCCUGCCCUGCAGGGCUUGGGGUCACUGUCUCAGAGUCUGGUUCCCAGAACAAAGCAAGCCUAGAGAUGUCGGGUCUUCGGCUGAAGGAAGACCUGCUGCCUUAUGUGGGUUGCCCAUUUCCUGGGAGGGCCAUCCAGUCUUAAUUCCUCCAUGUCCCUGCAGCCUUCUACCUGACUGUCUGACGAUACAGACUCACCUCUCAGGGUAUGUCUAAUGCUGAGCUAACCACCAACUACUGCAGACCACCGUGGGCGACCUGACGCUGACCGUGACCAUGGCAGUAGGGGGCAGGGAGGCUUCAGGAUGUCCCAUCUUCAACACCCUCAUCAUGAUGGGCCUUUCCAGAGGGACGAUGGGUGGGUGGCUGAGCUCAGCCACACCUAAGGAGGUCAAGGCAGCCACUGUCCCCUCUCCCUCCAUUGUGCUAGUGUCACCAGCUGCAAUGUACCCAGAGCCCUGUCUUCUCUCCUGCCUACUGAAACAAGUUAAAGCCCUGCCUCUUGUCUGUUCAUGUUCUGGAGGCUGAGUUGUGACACUUUCCCCACAAUGGAUUAAGGGAGGCUGCUAGACGAAGUCAGCCACAGUGGGAUGAGCUUGGGUUCCAACAACAGGUGACACGUGUGAGGACUGUGGGGAGUGGAGGCUGGAAGAAGACUGGAAAGCACGAGCGAGAGAACAAUGGUCCCCUGUGCCGGGCUCACCAAGCUGGGCAUGCUGAACGGCAGCCGCCACGCAGAGUCUUGAGAAUGUCCCCUUCUGUAUGCCUCACUUGUCACACACGCACCAACAAAGAGGAAGAGGGGAGCCGUCCCCUUGGCUUUUCUAUUCCUAAGUCCCUCCAGAACCCUCCUCCAACAUGGACACUUCUCCAGAAACAACUAUAUGGUGACAUCACAACCAGCAAUCCUUCUGAUGGUUAAAAUCAAUUCAACAUCAACAGCCCUGUGACUCUGACGCUCUGCUUCCCUGGGGUUUGCCCCUUUGUGUGUAUGUGAGGGGCAAGGAGGUGAGUGGGGGAGAUGCAGUUGCUGGUUUCAUCCUGCUGCUCCCCAGGGUUUCCCACAACAAGUAUCUGCAAGAGCAUCUCUCCCCUCGUUGCUCAGAUGUGCCCGGUUCCUGCUACCAUGUGAGGCUCUGGCUUUGCUUGGGGAGAACUUUACGGAUCCCGAAUGGUCAUCGGACUUGCAGUCUUGAGCCCUGGGGAGGUGGAAGUGAUCGGCCAGCCAGGUGCCCAACACAGUUCUCCUGUCACCUCCCUUUUCUCCUGUCACUAGUGGAUCCCACUGUAGGAAUGGAGCCUGGAAACUAGAACGGUGCGGAGCCUGGCAGAGUGGGCUGCUAGCGACUUUCAGAUGGUCAAAGGGAAGCCCACUCUCCCUGUUCUCCAAAGGUCCCCAUCCCUGAGGGGCCUGGCCCAGCCUUCUUUCCAGAUGGCUGUGAUGUCGCGUCCCCUCCUUAUAAGGAGGGAGGAAGUGGAUAUUUUCCAGGACCUCAAGGACCAAACCCCCUCCCUAUCUCAGGAGGCCCUGCUUUCAUGGGCUGAUAGGGGAACAGCAAAACCCCAGAGGCCUAAACUGCACCAUAAAUGUGAGGGCAGAGGUGCAGUGGAGGGGGGAGGGGUGUGUGUGUGUUCAAGGGAAGGGAGGGAGGAGGAAGCAGGUCUUCCUUGAAUUCAAAGGGAGGACUCUGUCACAAGAAGAGGACUGAGUGGCCCCAAAUGCUUUAAACAUAUGUAUCCCAAUUUUCAAAUAAUCACAGUAGUAAAACUAAUGAUUUUUUGGCUCUCGUUCAGGGAAAUCUUCCUCUGUGCUAGACACUUAGCAUAUAUUUAUCUCAUUUAAUUCUGUGAGGAUCUAUGGGGUACAAGUAUUAUGUAAUUUUUCAUGUGGAUUUGCCAUGUGCUAGAUACUGUUCAAAGUGCCUGACAUCGAUUCACAACAUUCUAUUUGCUGUUAUCUCAUUGUACAGAUGAGGAAACUGAGGCACUGAGCAUUUUGACAUUGAUUUCCUUUGGCAAAUGUAAAUCAAACACCUCUUGUGCGUUAGGCACUGCACUAGUGGCUCCAUGUGGGACCCAGGGUUGAAUCAGACAUCGAUCUUAUCCUCUGGGUAUCAACAAGGUCCACGGCCAGGACCAGCAGAAUGGGCUCAGGGUGGGAUUCCAGAACUUGAAAUGGGGAAUGAUGAAAAUAGGGCCUCCUAAGGUAUCCCAGAGAGAUGGGCACACCAGGAGGUCUCCCAAGCAGGAACCCAAGCACAGGACCAAGACAGAACCUGUUGUCAGACUGAGGAGCAGCAGCAGGACAGACAGAACCAGGUCCAUUUUAUUCUGCCUGCAGUAGGGCCUGAAGAGCAGAGACUGCAGGUCGGGGCCAAGUCGUCUCAGUGGUAGAGAGAAGGAAACUGUAGAAGAGACCAAACAGGGCCCGUCCUUGUGGGCUUCAAUGAGGAAAAGAGAUAAGAUCUGAUGAGACAGGGAGGAAAUUCAUGUCCUUAGUGUAACAGGCUGGCAAAUGGGCAUUGGGCUCCUCCUCCUCAGUUACAAGAAGCCAAGAUGCAGCUGCCUGGCACCAGGGCUGGUUGGAAGUGGGGGACUUCUCUGGGCUGGUUGAGAAUGGCCCCACUACUGUCCAAUUAUGGACGUGAAGAGAGGCUCCCACUGCCGUUGCACACAUCGCCAUCACCCAGGAUGGGAAUAUUGAUCUGUUCCCAGCCCCCUCGCUAUAAACUUCCUAAACUUCCCCAACAUCGGUCUCCAGCGUGGAAGAAAGACGGGGGUAACCAGGGGAGGUGGUGGAAGAUAGCCAUGUUCUGUUGCAGUAAAUCUUUCCCAGAAGCCCUGCCUGUUUUCCUAGAAGAGGAGACAGCUGAGCUCAUCAGCCUGGGCUGGAACGGCCCAGAAAGAAUCCUUCCCAACCCCCAGAAGACCCCUGAGCAGCUUGGGAAAGGAAAGGCUCCCUGGGGUGCUUUGUUUGUGGACGUGGGACUGUCAGACUGGGCAGGGAUGUCUGGUGACACAGGCGAGCAGCUGAGAGGGAAGGAGGGCCCUUGGAGGUAGGACGAACAUGUUUGCCUAAGGGGGAUCUUGUGAUCUGCCCAGCCCCCCACCCCCACUCUCUUUAAAGAGCUGACUUCAGGGUUUUUAUACGCACUGGAGACUACAAUUUCCUCUCCCAGAAACCCCAGUAAACUGUGAGUGAGUGUGCUUGUGCACGCGUGUGCGGUGCAUGCACGCGUCAGUGUUCUUCCCCACCUAUUUUUAAUUUCUCCUACUUUGCACAUUUUAGCCACCAUAUGCAUUCCCAUGACACUUCCCUUUAACUCUUCCUCUCCGUGAAGUCUUCCUCUACAGGCCUCUUUUGGAAGCCUCAGGGCCUCAGAGGAUUGGCAAGAGGGUCUUAGACUUUGCCCUGAAACGAGAAUUUCUUCCUUCGAGAUCUCAUCAUUUAACGGCCGGUGCUGAAGAUGUGGGCAGGGCUGCUGAGAUGGGAAGGGGGCAACGGCACAGGAGGUGACCACUGAUCUGCCCCCCACUGACCCAGCCUUCUAGGUGUGCAGCACGUACCCCUCCACCUCGGAGACGUCCUCUCUGGCUUCCUCUGGGCUGAAGUCCCAGCACUAUGGAAACUGGAGGUGUCUAGGCACACCCCCAUGUGGCAGCUUGAGUUUCCUGAAGUCAGGUUGAACUGGGAACCAGUGACCUAGAUUUUGCCCCAGAUUCUCAGCUGGGAGUUUGCUCAGUGCUCUCCUCUGACUAGGCCAAACCCAGUGUUUGGGUAAACUCCUUGUCGUGCUGGGAGCCUGAGCCUUUGCACUAUUCCCCUCGUGACUAGCUAUCUAACGGAGCAGAACAGCGACACCGACAAUACUAAACAUGGAAGAUGAUUCAAAAUGAUGGGUGAUUCAGUCCAGAAUGCAUGCUUCCCGCUGCCUUUACUGACUUAGCCUUGCUAAUUACAAGCUUCCCCAGCUAUUACAAUGAUCUCACCUCUCCUGUCAAAAAGAUGACCAGGUCUAUGGGGAACCAGGUAAGGGACCCCGUUUUGUCUCAUAUAAGACAUCUGUGAAGAAAUAAGUUGCAUACAGCUAUCUUUUUACAUUAAUGAAUGUUUCUGCACAAUUGAGAGAACUUUCAGGACUGCUCAAGCUUGAGUAGAUUAUUUAUCCUUGUGUUUUGAGCAAGGAUUUUCAGGGGAGGGAGUCAACUGCGAUGCAGUUUCUCUGGCCAACAAAUGGCCGAUAGCUUUUGAAGAAGGACCAAGUGACUUGUGACCAGGACAAUGAAGCAGCCUGAGUUAGUUUCCCCAGUGUGUACAAAUUGUUAUCUACAAUAGCAAAAAAAAAAAAAGAGGGGCACAACCUAAAUGUUUACCCAUAGGGUAUUAGUUGAAGGAACAUCUGUAUGAUGGAAGACUAAGCAGUCAUUAGAAUUAUGUGCUAGAAGAAGGCUUAUCUCACGGGAAAAUGUUCAUAACAUAUCAUUAAAGGGAAAAGCAGAUUACAAGGCAGUAUAUACAGAAUGUAGCAGUUCUGCAAGAAAAAAAAACACACAUUUUUUAACUGGAAGAAUAUGAAUAAAAACAUUAACAGUGCUGCCUCUGGG